AUGGGCCGCCACAACUUUCCACUUAUCCCCUUCCCGACCAAUGAUCCGAAGGAUCCUCUACAAUGGCCGUUUGCUCUGAAGCUAUCGGCCAUUGUGUCGACUUCGAUUGCGAAUUUCAUCUCUAACAUGGGCGGAUCUGGCAUCUCGGUUGCAAUCCCCCUUCUGAUGGAGCAAUUCCAAACGUCUCAAGCGGAUGCAACGCAAGUUUUGACGUUGAACUUCCUCUUUCUCAGUAUUGGUAACAUAUUCUGGGUGCCCGUCGCAAUGAAAUUCGGCAAGCGGGCCUCUCUUCUUACUUCCAUGGCUAUGCAAGCUGGCAUGCUAGCCUGGACUGCAGCGACUUCCUCGUUCAACGGUCUACUCGCUGCCAGAUGUCUUCAGGGGUUCGCAGCGGCAGCAGGCGAGAGUAUUGUUCCAGAGAUUGUCGCAGACACCACAUUCGUGCACCAGCGAGGAGCAAUGAUGUCAAUUUACGUUGUACUCAUCUCAGGGGGUAGUGCAUUUGGCCCACUCAUUGCAGGUUUCAUGACUUCAUCAACAGCGGAAACAUGGCGCUCCUUCUACUGGCUAUGCUGCGGAAUCGCAGUCUUCAAUCUCAUCAUGAUGUUCUUCCUCUUCCCCGAGUCCAACUUCGAGCGACCCGAGCUCGACCUGACCCUUGAUCAAUUGACGACCCUUCACGACCGACAGGCCAGCAAAGAGGCUGAGCGGGGAAUCAGUCAAGAGCAACUGGAGAAUGAAAAGGCAGAACCCUCGACACCGGAAGAAUAUACCAUCUCUAAGCCGUCCAUCUGGGAAAUUAUGCAGCCGGUUUCAUACAACGCCGAGGUUAACUUUUUGAAGUCCUUCGUUGAACCCCUGAAGCUCUUGGUUCACCCAUCUGUGCUGUGGGGCAUUUUCAGCUAUGCUGUUACACUGAGCCCGCAGGUGAUUCUAAUUUUCAACAUGUCCUAUCUUCUCGAGGCUCCCCCCUAUCUCUUCACAACAUCAAAGGUUGGAUUGAUGCAGAUUGCGGCAAUUAUCGGCUUCCUUCUUGCUUGCUUUACGGGUGGUAAGCUAUCUGAUGUCAUCAACGCCUUCAUCGUCCGUCGCUCCUCCAGCCACAAUAUCUGGCCAGAGCAGCGUCUGAUCGCUCUAAUUCCCGGUAUGCUCUUUGGACCCGCAGGGUGUAUUCUUCUUGCUUUUGCUUGUGGAAAGCAUCUUCACUGGGCGUUGAUUGCCGUUGGCUUUGGGCUCGUAUCCUUCGGAUCCGUUUACACGCCAAACAUUGCCAUCACGUAUAUCGUACACCGCCACCAACGAGAAGCGGCCGAAUGUCUUGUCCUGAUCAACAUCUUCAAGAACUUGGUUGCGUUCCUCUUCCUGUAUGAAGCGGUCGGCUGGGUGAACCAGAACGGUUACAUUCAGGUCUACAUGAUUAUGUUCAUGUUGAAUGUUCUGGUCCUGAUCUUCGCCGUCCCGCUGUACUACUACGACGCCAAGAAGCGCCGUAAUACGGAGGAGUUCUAG